AGACACACGUAGUAGGCGGAGGCAAGAAGCCACACACACACACAUUGGAGGGAACCCCAUCAGCUGUGGGAAGCAACACAGCUCGAACUUACUUUUUAUUUUUCUAAGUGUAUUCUUCAGCUCGGCAAAUUUUGAAGCGGUAUUUUAGAAAUGCGCCAUUGAGGAGUACAGAGAGAGCUGUGUGCUUAAAACGUACAUCCUAAUAUUUUAACCAGGACAGCAGUGGAGGAAGAAGAAAAAAACAGAAAACACGGACUACAGAAGGAGGCUUGGAAAGCAUGGAAUACUUCAUGAUGCCGACCGACAAGAUCCCGUCCUUACAGCAUUUCAAGAAGACGGAGAAGGAUGUUAUUGGCGGUCUCUGCAGCCUGGCCAACAUCCCUCUCAGUCCGGAGACGGCUCAGGACCAGGAGAGAAGGAUCCGCCGUGAGAUCGCCAACAGCAACGAACGGCGGCGUAUGCAGAGCAUCAACGCGGGCUUCCAGUCCCUCAAAACACUCCUGCCCCACACAGACGGAGAGAAGCUUAGCAAGGCGGCCAUCCUGCAGCAGACUUCAGACUACAUCUUUGCCUUGGAGCAGGAAAAGACCACGCUCCUAGCACAGAAUAACCAGCUCAAACGCUUCAUCCAGGAGUUCAGCGGCUCAUCGCCCAAGAGGAGGCGAGCCGAGGAGAAGGAUGAAGGCAUCGGGUCUCCAGACACGCUCGAGGAGGAGAAGGUGGAGGAGGUGAGGCGGGAAUUGCUGGAGCUGCGGCAGCAACUAGAGAAGGAGCGCUCGACACGCAUGCAACUGGAGGAACAGGUGCGCACUAUGAACACGCAGCUGCAGCCGGACCGUCUGAAGGUGAUCACUCAGCAGGUGGAGGAGGAGCAGGCGCUCAUCCAGAGCCAGACGCUGCUACGGCUGCAGCAGAUCCACGCGGCUGACAGACGACCACACAGUCCACAGGUGCUGGCUCCUCCCACUCCACCCGCCCCGACCCACCACCCCACGGUCAUUGUCCCGGCCCCAACACUAACCCAGCAGCAACCGCACCAUCAUGUCACCGUGGUGACCAUGAGCCCGUCUGUCCACACCAGCACUGUUUCUACGUCCAGACAGAACCUGGACACUAUUGUGCAGGCUAUCCAGCACAUUGAGCGCGCUCAGGAAAGGAGAGCGAGCGCAGAGGAGGAGCAAAGACGAGCUGUCAUUGUUAGCCCCGCCCACAUCGCCAUGGACACCGCCUGCUCGGACACAGACACGGACACGGAGGGCGAGGACUGCUCGAUGAACUGAUCCACCCCAUAUACUCACACACACAAACACUUAAAAAUACCUACUCACUGUAAGAUUCCCUCCAGGAGCUCGACUACUUAAAAAAAAAAAAUCUUUCUUUGGCAUUAUCCAAACUCCUAAAUCCAGUGGUUAAGCUCUGUGUCAGUCUUGUACUGUAAAAAAAAAAAAAGAAAAGAAGAUUGAAUUCUUAUGAGGGUCAGCGUGCAGAGGAGGACCUGUGGGAUUUCUAAAAGGUGGUUUUUCAAUGUCAGAGCCGGUCUGUGGCUACUUGAAAACUUGAGCUUCUCCUUGUGUAAAAAGCUACCAGCAUCAGUCCGUCCGUCACGUGCGUUAAUGUGCGCUUCAUGCAGGCGCAGCAUCAAAAUUAACUGUCAUCACUGGCACGCUGACAGUAUUAUCUCUGCUACAAAUUGACAGAGCUUGCAGGGUGGAGAUUUGAAUGUAAAGACACAAUAAGCAAGCAGCUCUUGAUUCUUAAAAGGGAUAUGGAGUUGCAGUUAUUUCUUUCCCAGUCUUAAUUUGUUAGUUUUUUUCUAUGUUUCCUGGCUGGCUAGGAGUUAUUCUAGUGCCAGUGGCCACAAAACCCAACUUAAAACUACAACAGAAGGCAUUUCUAAAUUAAAAAAUUCUAAUUCAAAACUUAAUUACGAAGUUAAUUUGAGGAUACAUGUUGAAUAGAAUUAUGUCUGAAUUUACUUGAAAAAGGUUGUGUUCUUGAUAUCUAAAUAAGCCCUUAAAAAUAAGCUGUUGAACAAUUUAUAUCGUCUUUUUUGUUUUUUCAUGUUUUUUUAUUUUCUGUCCGGGUUACUGAAUGUCAAGUGAACACUUUGUUUUAUUGAGAUUAACAACACAAAGUUGGAGGCUUGUAAGGUUUUCACAGAAAACCGGACGCCUGAGAGGAAUUCUGAAGGUCUGAUUUUUAAAUGUGAUUUCAAAUUCAAAUCCACUAAAGACAGCCCCAUUAUUUCUUACUAUAUUGGUGGUGGUUGUUGCACCCCCUAGGAAAACUUAUUAAAAAAAUAAAUAAAUAUUGAACCAAAUGUUGGUUCAUAGCCAGAGAAGAAAUGGAAUCUGAAUCUUCUGAAAUGCGCCCUAUGAUCAUUUGGCUGAAAUCUGAAACAGAUUGACUUUAUUCACAUGCUCUGUUUGCAUGAAGGCUUCCGGUUUUCCUUGUCUAGUCUUGGUGUGUUGCUUUCAGUGACUAUGCACUAGCGUUUUGGUAUUUAUGCAAUUCCAUCUUCAGUAUGUUUGUUGGUGUCAUUAAUACAUGAGGUGAAGUUAUCUAUGCACCGUUGAUAGGUGUGUACAUUACACCUACAGUAUACAGUAUGGAUGAAACGGGACAUGCUUGUAUCAAAGAAUGUAGUCACUACUCGCAAGGUGCUUUUCGUCAACCUGGCUUUCUGCUGACCAGCAGUGAGGCAAGGUCCAAACCCGUCAUCUAACUUCACAAGAGAAUAGCGUUUAUUAAGUGUGUGAAUUUUAACAGAAAUGAUAUUCGUCACUUCUACAUAUUGGAAUAGCUUAUAGAUUGUGGUGCAGGGAGGAGACGGCAAAUUUCUAUGUGACAUUUGCUCACAUAAAUUGAUAAAUGGCAUCAAAAAUAGGCAGGUCAGAUCUUAAAGAACCCAAAAAGCAUCAUCUUUGGAAAAUGUAAGAGAAAACUCCAGAAGAUCAGCCAAGGUAGUUUGAAAACUUAAACUGCCAGUGAAGUUUCCAGAUGCCACAGAAAGUGCACAACUCUAAAGAAAAGCACUGAAUAGAAUUUUUGAUCUCUUCCAAAUCCCUAUCCCUCUCUCCCUCUCUAAAAUGUACCAGGUCUGUCCACCUCAUGUUACGUUGCUUAUAUUUCUUGGGAAUUUGACUGGAAAUCCCUGCUCCAUGCCUCCCUCCUGUCAUACUCGAUUUGAUACGCUGACUUGAUGCUGUAAACAUUCCUUUUUAUUUGGAUUUGUAUCUGUCUUUUGAUCUCUUAUAUGUUCUGUUGCCAAUUGAAUGCAUGUUACUAAUUGCUGUUUUCUCUAGUCUAAAGCAGGCUUACUUUUUUUUGCAGAUUUUCAUGAACACAUGAUUGAUGAACUCAGUGUGAAACUGUCUUUUGAUUUGUUAGAUUUGGGGAGACUAUUCACUUACAUCGGUUUUAUUUCUGGUUAGAGUAGCUGGUAUUUCUCAUGCCAAACAUGGUGGGAUAUUCUCACAUUUUGUUUGUGAAACUUUAAGGGGUUUGGUGUUUAAUGUUAAGCCCCAGGAUGAUUUAAAACUGAAGUUUGCCAUUGUUCAGCUAAACACUUUCCCCCAAAUGUUCCUGUGCAUGGUGUUACAGCACUGCUAUCUUUUGGUUGGAAUUUGAGAUAUUUGUUAUGAAGCACUUGCUGUUCUGUACUGCCUGAAUCAAUGAUGAGGAAGACUCUUUUUUUAUUAUUUCUUUGUAAACUCCUUGCUGUGGCUUAUCUCAGCAGCUGUUUAUUGUGCUCUGCUUUUCUGUUUUUUUGUCCAGUUUUCCAUUUUUGGUGACAAGCAUUUUUUAUAUUUUUGUGUUUUUUAUUUUUCCCAUCAGUCCAGGUCGAUGAGAAGCUGUUAUAUUUUGUUUAUAAAAAAGAAACUUGGGUAAACAGGCCUUUGUAAAGUGGAAAAAAAUAAAAUUUGUACUUUUUUUAUUACA